GCCAAAGAACCUGUUCAACCACCACCACUUCAAAUGUACCAACGCCAGGUUACAAGAUUCACCUGACACCUAUUGGUCCUGUACUUGCGUCUGCACAUAUUUUAGUAAGAUGUGCAAACCCAAGUCGCGUGCACGUGGAAAUUUUCAAUCCCAAGCGCUAGCCUAUCCGUCACUUGACUAGUAGGUGGUCCGCUUAUCAGUGGAAGUGUGUGCCUAGGCUCGAGCAAGGUAACCCCGGGCUGAGAAUAUUGUACCUUCUCGUUUCGCUCGAGAGCCAUGUAUAUAAAGAACCGAUACUUAUCUGAAGCUGACUUGCCAAGGCGUCCUCUGCAGGAGAUAGUAUGACUAACUCUCAUCUUAUGGAGCCGUCAAAGGUCCUUGAGCACCAGGAUAGUCCCCUGGAGAAAGACUUGAAGGGCUCCGAUGUCUACAGUGCAGAGAGUGUGGAAGAGGCUCCCUCGCAAGAGUCUGAGCACAUCGUCCGUGGUGCCGAAGACAUUACCAACUUGAUCAUAUCGGAUGAGGACAAUCCUGACCUUCCCGUACUGACCUUCCGUUUCUGGGUGCUUGGUAUAGGGUUAGCGACUUUUGGAUCUGUGCUAUCUGAAAUAUAUUAUUGGAAGCCCCAGAAUGCUAUGGUUUCGUCGCUAUUCCAAUUGAUCAUAUCUUACGUUCUGGGCAAUGCGAUGCAUUAUGCUAUGCCUUCGAAAGGGAUUUGGCGGCAUCUCAAUCCCGGGCCGUUCAACAUCAAAGAGCAUACGUGCAUCACCAUUAUGGCGUCCACUGCGUCAACGACGGCCACUGCUAUUGGUAUAAUAGCAACACUCGAUCUCUUUUACGGCGUGACUCUGAAUCCAGGAGCGGCGAUCUUCCAAACUUUUGCAUCGCAGUUGAUUGGAUAUGGGUUUGCAGGGCUCCUAAGAACCCUCCUCGUAUGGCCAACUUACGCACUGUAUCCGAAUCAGCUCCCGUCAAUUUCUCUUCUGCAAUCGAUGCAUUUUGGCGGUUUACUCAACAAUAAGAAGAUGAAGUACUUCUGGAUUGUCUUUUGGGCCAUCUUCUGUUGGGAAAUCAUACCGACAUGGAUGUUCCCUCUUCUUACGGCGUUCUCUGUUAUUUGCCUCGCUGACAAUGGUCGCUCGGCUGUUAUUCGAAAUAUUUUUGGUGCGGGAUCGUCCAACGAAGGGUUAGGUCUGCUGUCAUUCAGCUUCGACUGGACCCUGAUCACACAAGCGUAUCCUCUAUAUUGGCCUCUCCAAACUCAAGUCUCUUCCUGGAUUGGAUUGGGAUUGGGCUACGCCCUCAUGAGUGGAUGCUAUUAUGGAGACGUAUUCCAGGGGUACUCAAGAGGGUUACCGUUCAUGUCAACUGCACUAUUCAGCGGUAAUGGCUCAUCGUACGACCAAUCCGCGAUUCUUGACUCCAACAAUCAACUCGACCCGGUAAAGUACGCUGAAGUUGGCCCCCCAUUCAUGACGACAACCUACGCAGUUUCUUUGCUUAUGAGCUACGCUUCCAUGGGAGCAGCAUUUUCCCAUAUUUUCUUAUGGCACUGGACGGAGUUAUGGGAGGCUUUCAAAGGCUUUAACUUCUUGAAGUCAGGGCAAGAUUUUGACGAUGUUCACUUCCAGCGGAUGAAAGUGUACAAAGAAGUUCCACAAUGGUGGUAUGGUUCUAUUUUUAUCGUGUCAUUGGGCCUAGCGAUUGGUAUGGCGUACGUUGGCAUCAACACCCUGCCGUGGUGGUCUGUUUUCGUUUUUACCGUCAUUGCAUUCAUUCUCGCUGUCAUCCUCGGUUUUAUAUUUGCUGUGACAGGGUUCCAGAUCCCUACUGGAGGUUUUGUGCAAGUUAUUGCUGCAUACGUCCAUCCCCAACAACCGAUUCAGAACAUGUAUGCGAAGUUGUACGGUUACAACACCGGUUAUCAGACAUUAUCCAUGCUCUCCGAUUUGAAGCUAGGGCAAUAUGCGAAAGUACCACCCAGAGCCACUUUUGUCGCGCAAGCCAGCGGCACAAUUCUUGGUGCCAUUUUCAACUAUAUCCUCUAUAAGAGUAUCGUAGAUGCACACAGAGCCGAUCUAAUAAACCCCAUCGGAACGCGCAUAUGGUCAGGGUGGGUCUCGCAAGAGAUCAACUCAGCAGCUAUUACAUGGGGCGCUCUGAGUGCGGAGCUAUACAGCCCAGGUAAAACAUACUUUCAAAUUCCUCUCGGACUUCUAUACGGGUUCCUCGCUCCUUUCUUGUUCUAUGUUAUGCAUCGCCUAUUCCCGAAACAACGGGUCUGGUCUUACCUCAAUAUGCCAAUCAUUUUCACGUAUCUGGGUUGGCUGCCGUACUCAGUCAAUGGGAUGUGGUGGCCAGGGUUAAUCAUCGGAUUGUCUACGCAAUGGUGGGUCAGGACCAGGAAGCCAAGAUGGUACAAUAAAUACAACUAUCUGACCUCGGCCGCUUUGGACGGAGGUUCGUCCAUCAUUUACUUUAUCCUUAACUUUGCGGUAUUUGGGGCAAGCGGAAAUGCCAUCAGCUUCCCUACGUGGUGGGGAAAUCCGGAUCCUAGUGUUAUGAGUGUCGACCACUGCAUGGCCAGCACUUUUUCAUGACACGGCUCGGUCUCCUUGUCUUGUUGAGGUAUAGUCGGGAAGCAUAGCUUGUUUUUUUGGGGGAUAUGAUAGAAUCGAAGUGUAAGAGUGUAAGAGGUUCAUGUAUCUGAAAUUUCACAACCAUCAUGGCAAUGCGGGGGAAGAGAGACUUUCCUGUCUUUGUCAGGCAUUCAUAAGUGUUGCAUG